AUGGGAAGCUUUGAAGAAGUGCUGCAUAACCAGCUGGAAGAACUUCGAGCACGUUUGCUCCAGGCACAUGCCGAAUCAUCGGUUGAGCGAUUCGAGCGUGAGCGGACACGAACAUGGUCCUUCCAGAAGGUCAAUCAGGGCAUUUCUUUGGACGCCCUCGAUGCGCGUGUCCCAGUGGAGGACCAGUCGGUUGAUCUAGAGGAGAUGCAGCGCAUGCUCACCAGCGUGCGCCCUGCAGAAGAGAAGUGGGCGAGCUUCAUCAGACGGAUGCAGAAUCGCAACAGCUAUUACAUGCCUACUGAGAAGGUCCUGACCCUGCACAGCGACUGGAUCUCCACGGCUCCAGGAAAGCAGCAAGGUCGCCGUGCAGCGACUUUGCACCAGAGCGACACAGCCAUCGAGGGUCAGCCGCUGUUCAAAGGAGCCGCAGAGGAUAUGUCGCACAUGCUGAAGCGAGGUUGCUCGAAGCUUAUCCUCCUGCCACAAAGCAAUAUCCGGCUCACAAUGUCCAUCCUCGGGCUGAUCGCCAUCGUUUGGGAUGUCGUCUUUAUUCCAAUCCAGGCAUUCGAUGAUUUGCCUGUCGCCUUCGAUGACUUCCUAAUGCAAAUGACCUACGCUGUGUUCGCCUAUUGGUUUCUCGACUUUCUUCUCCAGUUCUUCUCUGCUCCGGAAACCGGUCAGGGAGUUCGCGCAGAGACGCGACUCCACAUUGUAGCCAUACGCUACCUGAAGAGCUGGUUCGUCAUCGAUGCAACAAUUCUAGGUCUGGACAUAGGACUCUUCAUUGCGGAAGCCAACUUGAAAUCAGACUCUGCAACAAUGUCGACCAUACAGUCGGUUCGCCUUCUUCGGGUGCUACGUCUCCUCAGGUUUGCGCGACUGAUCCGGAUCAGUCGAGUCCAGAAGUCCCUGCUGUCGAUCGUGACGCGUUUCACAUCGGUGUAUUUCUGGAUGGCAAUGCAGAUGAUGAAGGGCAUCGUGGUCAUCCUUGUCAUCAACCACUACUUGGCGAUUGGCUGGCUAGUGCUGGGCAAGUACUUCUGGUACUCGUCGACUUGGGUGGACAACGCUGAUAUCCGCGACAGAGAAUUUUCAGCUCAGUAUGUAACUUCCUUCCAUUGGUCUCUGGCCCAGUUUCUGCCAUCGACCACGGACAUUGCUCCGACCAACGGCCUGGAGCGCCUUUAUGCUGUGCUGGCAGUCCUCCUCGCGUUUGGAGUGAUUUCUUCCUUCAUCACUGGAGUUACCAACACCGUAAACGCAUUGCGUGCUGUGCGUGUGAGCACCGUAACGCAGGAGGCGAAGCUUCGACAGUUCUUCAGCGACAGACGGUUGCCAGCGUCGCUGCUCAAAAACUGCCUAACGGCCUUCCGUGAGAAAGCCGACAAGACGCAGUACAUCAGCGAAGAGGACGUUUCCAUUCUGCAAUCUUCUCCGGAGAGGCUGAAAGCUCAGCUGCACGAGGAGAUGUUCAAAGGUGUGCUGCUCUCCCGACUUUGGAUGCAGUUCGCAGUUCGCUACGACAACACCGGAUUGAUGACCAACCUCUGCCACCUGGCUUUAUGCGAGAAAUGUACAAGGAGAUCUGAGGAUGUGUUCCUACCUGGCACCGACUGCACUGGGGCGAUCAUCCUGAACCAUGGCAGCAUGACCUAUUCGACCGGUGAGUUGGUGAUGAUGCCUUCAUCCUCGGUGGCCACAGCGUCCUCCGCUUCAUCCAGCGGAAGUGGAAGUGAGAGGGCCCGCAGGCGCGCGGCAGCGCAAUUCAUGGCGAUGGAAAUCAGCGAAGGAACCUGGCUUUGUGAAAUCGCAUUGUGGACACAAUGGUGGCAUCGGGGGCAGCUUGCUGCUCAAGGUGCAGCGCUUUACACCUAUGUGGACGUCGCAAAGUUUAUGCGGCUGGUGAUCGAGACCGGCGGCUACUCUUACAUGUACCUGCGCACAGUUGGCAUUCUCAUGACCGCGGCCAUGGAGAAUCUGAUGAAUGAUGAUGAGGAGAACGACCUCUCCAUCAACGAGGAGCGGCAGCAAGAGAUUUGUGAGCGGGCGUUUCACUUCCAGCAGUUGGCACGACUAGUUUACUGGUACGCAAAGCAUGCUCCGCAAAUGAAGAAAGAUCCCUGGGCUGAAUAUGGCCCCUCGGAGAUCCACCAGCUGGAGCAGGAUCAUGCCACUCGAAUUCAGGAGCUGCGAGAGCGAGCUCACCACCGUGAAGAUGAGUUUCGAGAGGCAGUUACCGCCAAGGAGGCUGCACAAGCCGAGCUUCGACGAUGCAAAGAGGAGCUGGAGGCCGCCCGGAUCGAGCUGACCCGGCAGAGGAGUGAAGACAUGCCCAAGCCUGCCGUGGAGGCCAAAGCUGACUGCCUCCGGCGUUCGUUGAUGGCCCCUGGAGGCUUGCGCAAGGCUCUGGAUGCCACGGAUGCGGAAGGCCGUGUUUCGCGGUGCUUGGAGUUGGCCCGCGCCAACAAGGAGCUCUGGAGAGACUUCCUUUCCUGGGCAGAAGCCAGCGGUGCUCAGGGCUUGGAGCAAGUGAGGAUCGCUUUCGUGGCGAAGGACGAUGGCCCAGUGCGUGGGCUCGUCGCUACCCAAGAGGUUACCUCUCCCAUCAUCUUGCCGAGAUGCCUGCUGCUCACGGCUUCUUCGGAGUCGGAGUUAGGGAUAAAGCUGGCCUUGGAGAAGAAGAGGAUGCUCAGCGGUUUGGGGAGCUUCUGGUCUCCUUGGAUCCGGAUUUUGCCAGACGAGGCAGAAUUGCAGCAGCACCACAUAGCCUAUGCGUCCGAGGAGCUCCUGGAGGCUUUCCGAGAGCUGCCCGUGGUGGCAAAAAUCCGAGCCUGGCAUCAAAGCCUCGCCGAAAACUGGAAGAAAGAGGCUGAGAAUUGGCAGAAAAAGGCCGAAGAGAUCGGGCUCACCGCCCUGACUUUCGACGACUUCUUCUGGGCUUGCACCGUCGUAAAGACGCGCGUGUACUUGCCUCCUCCCACGUACUGCUUCAUGCCGUUCGCUGACAUGAUGAACACAGAACCUGAACCCAACAUGGACGUGUAUGACAGUGGCCCGGAUGUUUAG